AUGUUUUCAUUUUUAUUGCAGAUAAGCUUCUCCAAGCUAGCGGAUGAGCUGAAGUUGAUAGAUAAUUCGGUCGCUAGUGGCAAGCUGAUGGAUAAUUCUACCACACCAUCCCAACUGCAACCAUCGGGACUAGAGGUGGACAAGGAGGAUGGCAAGAUAAGCUUCUCCAAGCUGGCGGAUGAACUAAAGUUGAUGGAUGAUUAUGUUGCACCAUUCCAACUUCAACCAUCAUCGCUGGAGGUGGAGCAGGAGGAUGGCAAAGUGAGCCAACAGAAGAAGAGGAGGGCAUCAACCAUGAGUGUGGCGACCGGGGUGAUGAGCACCCUCAGUGGCAAGCUUACCACUUCCAUCAGCGACGAGUACAAUAAGCGCAAAGAGGUGAGGAAGCAGGCGUCAUUCCUGCAGAAGGAGUUGAGUGCCAUAAAUGCUACUCUUGAGCUGCCAGAGCUCAUGAAUGAGCUCGCUCCAGGGGCAAAAAAUUGGAGGGAUGAUCUCAGGGAGAUUUCCUAUGACAUGGAGAAUUGCAUUGAUGACUUCAACCGCCAAUUUGGAGGUGAGGAUGUUGAGGUAGGCUUUUUCUGGGAGGAUGUUGAACUUCACAAGAGGUUGUGCGAGCUUCAUCAGAUUUCCAACCAGAUGGAAGAGCUUAGGACUCUUGCGGUACAAUCAAAUGCUCGAUGUGAGAGUUACAAGAUUGAUAAUUGCAAGGCUAGCUAUGGUUUUGUAGCUGUCGACCCUCGGCUUCCCGCGAUCUACCAGGAGGCAAUCAGCCUUGUGGGCAUUGACGGCCCAAUGGAGGUGGUUUCCAAUUGGUUGAUGGAUACUCAGGAAAAACUCAAGGUUGUUUCUAUUGUGGGUUUUGGAGGUCUGGGUAAAACUACACUUGCCAAACAGGUGUAUGACAAGAUCAGGCAAAAUUUUGAUUGUGUAGCAUUCAUUUCAAUUUCACUGAGGCCUGAUAUGAGAGUACUUCUCAAUCGCCUAAAAUUGAAAUUUGGGAUAUAUGAGUCUUCUAACGAUCACGGAUUUGACGACAUCAUUGAAGAGCUAAGGAAGUAUCUUGCAAAUAAAAGGUACCUUAUUGUAGUUGAUGACUUGUGGGAUCAAUCAGCAUGGAAUACUAUUAGUUGUGCUUUUCCAGAUAAUGGUAAUGGGAGCAGAGUAUUAGUAACCACACGAGUGGAAGAUGUGGCUAGUGUGGCAUGUCGCUGUGACCGUGAAUGCAUUUACACAAUGAAGCCUCUCAAUGAAGAAAACUCUAGAAUGUUAUUCUCGAAUAGAGUAUUUGGGGCUGAAAUUGUUUGUCCACCCUAUCUUAAAGAUGUCACGGCUGAAAUUCUGAAGAAGUGUGGAGGAUUGCCGCUUGCAAUAAUCACUAUAGCUAGCCUAUUAGCUACUCAGGUGAGAUCAAUGAAACACUGGGAGAGCAUAAGAAAAUCUUUGCGUGUCCAAUCUGCCCCAAAUCCUUCAUUGAAAGACAUACAAAAUAUAUUAAACCUUAGCUACACACAUCUUCCUCUUCAUCUCCGGGCAUGUUUUUUGUACCUUGGUAUGUAUGCUGAGGACCACAUCAUAAGGCGGGAUCAGCUGGUUAAACAAUGGAUAGCUGAAGGCUUCGUCAGCAGUUUGCAUGGGCCAGAUUUGGAGGAUGUUGGCAGGAGUUAUUUUAAUGAGCUCGUCAACAGAAGCAUGAUUCAGCCAUGCAAAACUAGCUAUGGAGAGGUGUUGUCUUGCACAGUACAUGACAUGAUGCUUGAUUUGAUCCUAUGCAAGUGUGUAGAAGAUAAUUUUAUAAGUCUGGCAUACAAUUCUGAGGACAUCGCGAGACUACUGCAUCGCUGCAAAAACAAGGUUCGCCGACUAUCCCUGAGCUCCAUGGCUGUUGGUGGAGCAACAUAUGACACGGCUAUUGCUGCUAGGCUGUCACAAGUUCGGUCAUUACUGUUCAAUAAGCCUAUACUCCCUCUUUUGUGGUUCAAGUACCUCAGGGUGCUAAUCAUUUAUAACAGGUGGGGGAUGAUUGACCUCACCGCUGUUAGCCAAUUGUUUCAGCUGAGGUGUCUGAUGGUAAGUUCUGAUGGGAAGAUAAAGCUCCCUACUAAACUUGGAGAGCUUGUUUACUUGGAGACACUGGACAUAGAAACUUGCAGACUGAUGGAGAGCAUCCCCUCAGACAUAGUUAAUUUGCCCCGCUUGUCCUAUCUGCUACUUCCACCUGGGACAAAGUUUCCUGAAGGUAUCGGGAAUAUGAAAUUACUGCGCACUCUGCGAGGGCUUGACAUGGAAAAGAGCUCGCUGGAGUGUUUUAUGGGUCUUAGCGAGCUGACCAAUCUGAAGGAACUGUGUAUGUCAGUAGGUUCAUUGGAAAUGUUGAUGGGGUUGACAAAAGUUGAUGCUUUGGCUUGCUCCAUUGGAAAACUAUGUAAUCUUGAAUCUCUAUUCAUCUCUGGCAUUCAUGUUGAGCGUGAGGAUAGCCAGCAGCUGGGCUCAUUAUCCAAUCCUUUUCGACAUAUUGAGCAUCUUGAAUUGUCUUUUUGGCGGUUAUGGAGAGUUCCAAAAUGGUUGUGUGGUCUCCAUUGCCUGCGCAACCUUAAGCUGUAUGUUGAAAUGACAUCAACUCAGGAUGUUCAUCUGCUUGGAGAGCUUCCCUCUCUUGUCCGCCUCGAAUUCAGAGCAUGUGAAAUCCCUGGGCAAAGAGCUAUGUUAGGCACGGGGCUAUUCCCAGUUCUGGAGUUCCUAAAUUUGUGGUCUAGGAAAGACACUACAGCGUACCUGGGCUUCGAGGCAGGUGCUAUGCCCAGUUUACAAACACUCUGGUUCAGUGCGUCCAACUGGGGCGGUACUGUAUCAGUCGGCAUGGAGCACUUGUUACACCUCCAGGAGAUCCAAGUGCAUGCGGUCUGCAUUAGUAAGGAUUCCGUGGACAGGUUGAAAGAGGCUGAGGAUGCAUUCAAGGAGGCCUUGCUGAUGCACCCGAACCACCCUUCCGUCAUACGUAGUUCAUAG